GCAGUGCUGCUGGAGAGCUCUCCGAUCGACCGCAGGCUCCAGCUAAAAAAACAAAUACGUGACACAUAGCGUUUUAUUUUUUAAUUUUAUUUAUUAAUUUCUCGCCGUAUCGUCGCCUCAAAACAAAGAUGUAACUUGUCGACCUCACCUCAAGCAUAUUGAUGUAUUUGAAAAGAGCCGGGAGCGAGUGCGCCGAGACGAGAAGCCGAGCUGUUUCGCCGAAUGGAACUUAUUGUUGUGCAUUUGUUUUGACUAUGUUAUCCCCGAGUGAGUUUGGCUUCAGUCCAUCUCUGUCCGUCGUCGACCCUUGAAUUUUUUGGGAUUUAUAUCCGAAUAGUUUAAGGGGAAACACCGAGGGAGGAUUCUGCAAAGCGAGCUUUUCCAGCAGAGCCGGGGAUUUAAAUCGUCAUUGGUGGUGCUCCGUAGAGGCGAGUCAAAGAAAGAAAAUUCAUGUGGCCAUUCUUUCUAUAGCCAAACAUUUUUUUGGGGGAUUGCAUAAUGAGCAAGGAAAGACCUAAGAGGAAUAUCAUUCAAAAGAAAUACGAUGACAGUGAUGGGAUCCCGUGGUCAGAGGAGCGGGUUAUGCGAAAGGUGCUUUACCUCUCUCUAAAGGAGUUUAGGAGUGCACAGAAACGGCAGCUGGAUGACGGAACCACAAACUCCAACGGUUCCCUAGGCAAUGGGCAGCUGAAUGGCUCGGGGUCAAAGGGCAGCCACAAAGAAGAUGGGUCCUUGCGCUCUCAGGGCCUGGACGGCAGCAAGUAUGGCGAGGACGGUCCUGCAAAGAAGAGACCUCGACUCCAUGCCCAGAGGAAGUUCGCCCAGUCACAGCCCAACUCGCCGAGCACUACGCCCGUCAAAGUGGCCGACCCAGGCAGCCUGAACACCGGCCUGGCCACUGUGCCCUCCUCAUCGCUCUCAUCGCUCUCCUCUUCGUCCCUAUCCUCUUCCAUUCAGGACCUGUCCAGACGCAAGCCCAAGACGGAGGACUUCCUCACCUUCCUUUGCCUCAGAGGUUCAGCGGCCCUGCCCAGCAACAUGGCCUACUUCGGAAGCUCCCAGGAGGAGGAGGACCUGGAGGAGGACGACCUGGAGGAGGAGGAGGAGGUGCGGAACGGAGGUGGGGUCCACUCUCACGGUGGGGGAAGCAGCAGCCAAGCCUCGGCCUCCUCCUCCUGCCACUCGACACCCCGCAAGGGCAAGCUCCCCGCCAGGCAGCCGCUCAACGGGCAUGUGUUCAACAGCCAUGGUAAAGCAGGGACCAGGGAGAGCCCGAGGCCCAAGGCGGGAACUCACGGCAGGGAUGCGCCUGCCCCGCCACUGCCACCUCCUCCACCUCCACCUCCGCCCCUCCUGAGGGAGCGCAGUGAGCGGGCAGAGGCACGGGAGCACGUGAGGCAGCAGGCCCUGGCCAGCGGUCGAGGCUCAGCCAACGGGCUGCCAUCGAGGAGAGCUGCUGAGGAGCUACGCAAACAGGUCUCUAAAGUGAAUGGGCUGACGCGGGCGGGCUCGGCACAAGCUGUCAGUGGUGCCAAAAAGAGCCGUGACUUCCGACUGCCGUCCAAAACUGUGAAGAAGUACACAGCCACCGUGUCCAAGGGCCACGUCACCUACACCAAAGCCAAACAGAAAGAACUGGGCAAGAAAACCAAACUCAGCAGCAGCAACAAACACAACAGCGGCGCCUCGGCAACAUCGUCAGCGAACAAUCACAAUCAGCACAGCCAGCCAGCAGCCAGCAAUGGGCUGGCCAACUCAGGAAAAGCAGCGGCACCAGCCCACCACAGCAAUGCAAAAACUCGCAAACAGGUGCUACUAUCCAAUGGGCUGCACAUUGUGGCUGCCGGUGCCCGCCUCAACGGCAGGCUAAAUGGGCAGCGGCACAACACCCUGGUCAAGGAGGAUGGACAGAGACAGUGCCAGCGCCAGCAGGGCCAGGGGGAGUGCCCAGGUCGAGAGGGACUGCGCAACUCCAAGCGGCGUCUGGAGGUGGUGCUUAACUCAGUGGGGACAGGGGUCGUUGAGCAGAAAGCCAAAACCACUGGCAAUGAGGCCAAAAAGGCCAAGCUUCAACCCACGCCUCUGGAGACACGCAGCAGCAGCAAGAAGAUCAAUCAAGAGAAAGCUGCCACACAAACCACCAACUCUACCACUCCAAUUUCUAAUGGACAUGAAUCAGAAACACCCCCCUCUCCUAAACAAACUCCACCUGCAACCCCACUUCCACCUCCUACUCCCCCUCCUCAUCAAACCCAACCUCCCUCUACACCAGCAGCCAAUGCGGAGCCGUUGAACCAGCGACCCAAGCGGGCAUCGGCCGGCAAGCUGAUGUUGAUUCGACAAGCACAGCAGCAGCAGAGCAGGUCUCAUGGUCGGAGCUCCUCCUCUUCCUCCCCUUCAUCAGGCCAGAAUCACCCACAGAACCCCAGUCGUGCCAGCACUACCUCAGACCCCCAACAAACCUCUGUGUCCUCCUCCACCACAUCCUCUCUGCUUACUUCCACCAACAACCCUGGACAGCUCAAACCAGCAGCAUUGCGGCCCGCUGACCGUGACAAGGAGUGGGAGCGAGAGAAAGAGAUGGCACGCCAGAAGGAACGCGAGCAGGAGAAGGAGUGGGAGCGCCAGCGGAGCAGGCCAGAGGGCUGGGCAGCGCUGGGUGAAGCCCCUGUCUUCCGGCCAGUGCCCCGGGAGUUCCUGGACCCCCUGGUGUACUUGGAUGCCGUGAGGGAACAGGCCGAGGCGGCUGGCAUGUGCCGCGUGGUCCCGCCACCAGACUGGCGGCCAGAGUGCAAGCUGAGCGAGGAGAUGCGUUUUGUUACACAGGUGCAGAGGGUCCACAUGCUGGGCCGGCGCUGGGGCCCCAACGUGCAGCGACUGGCCUGCAUCCGCAAGCACCUCAAAUCUCAGGGCAUUACCAUGGAUGAGCCACCUGUCAUUGGUGGCUGUGAAGUGGACCUGUCACGUUUUUUCCAGCUCAUCAAUGACAUGGGCGGCAUGCAGCAGGUAAUGGACCUGAAGAAGUGGACCAAGCUGGCCGAUCUUCUGCGUAUCCCUAAGUCAGCGCAGGACCGGCUAGCCAAGCUGCAGGAGGCCUACCUCCAGUACAUUCUCUCCUAUGACUCGCUCAGCGCCGAGGAGCGCCUCCGACUGCAGGCUGAGGUGCUGCAUGAGAAAAAGAACCUGGAGUCGCGACGGGGCCCUCUGGAGGGGCUGUCGGACUCCACAGCACCUAGUGCGCUGGUGCUGCCACGCUAUGAGCCCAAGAAUGGGCUAGUAGGUGGGAUAGUAGGAGGGGCGACAGGGCACCACCGCACCAAUGGAGUGUAUGACCGUCUGAAGGAGCUGGAGGCUCAGGUCAAAGCGGGCCGGCGCCGGCUCUUCGCUCAGGAAAAACAAGGCAAAGAGGACAGGCAACACGGGGAGGAGCAGCAGCAGCAGCAGCAGCAGCAGCAGCAGAAGCAGCAGCAGGAGGAGGAGGGCAGGGGCGUUCUCAGUGACCAGCACAAAUGUAUUAACAAGGGGAAAUCGGUGUCUUUGACUAACUUCUUCAGGAUAGCCCGGAACACCAUGACCAUGUGCUUUAACAAGGAACCAGGGGCUGCUGAGGUUGAGCAAGAGUACUGGAGGAUUGUGGAGCAGAGAGACAGCCAUGUGGCGGUGCAUUGUGGGAAGGUGGACACCAGUACACAUGGCAGUGGUUUCCCCACAGGAAAGUCAGAGCCAUUUUCAAAACAUGGAUGGAACCUCACUGUCCUUCCCAAUAACUCUGGAUCCAUUCUAAGACAUCUGGGUGCUGUGCCUGGGGUGACCAUUCCCUGGCUUAACAUUGGCAUGGUCUUUUCUACCUCAUGCUGGUCUCGAGACCAAAAUCGCCUUCCAUAUAUUGAUUACUUACACACUGGUGCUGAUUGCAUUUGGUAUUCUGUCCCUGCUGAGGAGAACGCUAAGCUGGACAAGGUGGUCCAUACACUGCUUCAGGCUAAUGGCACCCCAGGACUAGAAAUGUUGGAGAAGAACAUCAUGAUCUCUCCAGAGGUGCUGUGCCGCGAAGGCAUCAAGGUUUACCGUACAGUCCAGCGGAGCGGCCAGUUUGUGGUCUGCUACCCCGGUGCCUUUGUCUCUAAAGUGUGCUGUGGCUACAGCGUGUCAGAGACGGUGCACUUUGCCACGCCGCACUGGAUGAACCUGGGUUACCAGGCCUCAAAGGACCUGAAGUUUCGUCGUAUAGCCAAACCCUUUUCCAUGGAGAAGCUACUGUACCAGAUCGCCACGGCCGAAUCCAAGAGGGACAAUGGCCUUCUCCUCGCCACCAUCUCCGCCCUACUCCAAGACCUCAGGAACAUAGAGAUACGCCAACGGGGGGAACUUAAAAAGGCAGGUUUGCUCUCCUCUGCCCGCUACGGCACCCAUGAUGGCAGCCUGGGGCCUGGAGAGGGACGCAAGAAGCCCCGCGGGAAAUGGCUGGCACUGGAGUCCUCAGAGAGACGCUGCCAGAUCUGUCAGCAUCUCUGCUACCUGUCCAUGGUGAGAGCAGAGGACCCAUUAGUUUAACAUGAAUGGUUAAAAGAUAUGAGGAUUCAUUUUCUAAAAUCCUGUAGUGCUAGUUUGGAU